GUAGACUCUCCCAGCAUCAUCACGUUCUCAUGGUUUUGAACGGGUACGAUACGCUUCCUCAGCAAUUACAAGGUAAUCGGCAGAGCAGACAACAUCUUCAGAGCAAUUUGUUGAUGUUUUAACUUUCCUUAGUGGGUUUAUUUGUAGAAGCAUAUCUGCCGACUUUGUUUGGGAAGUGAAUGUUGCUCCUGUACAGGUGAACGAGCGGACUACGCACAUAUAGUUUGAAUGGGUCUUGAAGAAGGACAAAUCUACGCCAAGAAAGCAAGUUUCCAAAAAAUUUCCUAAAAGAAGCACGGAGUAUUUCAUGGACUAUUUCAGAGAAUGCCGGUAGUCUAGUGCGGAAUAAAACUGAGAAAAUCAUUAAACAUACUGAGUGAUAAGCAGUAUUUCCAGAAUAUUUCGACUUUGUUACGGCUAGUGCUUUUGCACAAGAAGCUGCCCUGUCAUUGCAAUUUUGUUUUAAAUGUUUGCGAGUCAAGAUCACCCGACAAGAAACAUCCGCGGUUUGAAAGUUGGAACUUUUGAAGAAGAAAUGGAUCCUGUUCGUUCCUGGGUGCGGAAUGUCGGAGUUAUUGAUGCAAACAUAGCGGCACAGAGUGGAUUGGCUUUAUCCCGUGCUCACUUUGAAAAGCAGCCUCCCUCCAAUCUCAGAAAGUCCAACUUCUUCCAUUUUGUUCUGGCACUUUAUGACCGCAAUGGACAGCCUGUGGAAGUGGAGAGGACAGCAUUUGUUGACUUUGUGGAGCAGGAUAAGGAGCAGACGGGGGAAAAGACCAAUAAUGGAACUCACUACAAACUCCAGCUCCUCUAUAGUAAUGGUGUUCGCACAGAACAAGAUCUUUAUGCACGUCUCAUUGAUUCUGUCACUAAACAGCCUAUAUCAUAUGAGGGACAGAACAAGAAUCCAGAAAUGUGCCGUGUUCUGCUUACUCAUGAGGUCAUGUGCAGUCGCUGCUGUGAGAAAAAAAGCUGCGGCAAUCGUAAUGAGACACCAUCUGACCCUGUCAUCAUUGACAGAUUUUUCUUGAAGUUUUUCCUAAAGUGCAAUCAAAAUUGUCUGAAGACAGCAGGGAACCCCCGAGACAUGAGGAGAUUUCAGGUGGUUUUGUCGACCACAGUCAGUGUGGAUGGUCCUGUACUAGCCAUUUCUGAUAAUAUGUUUGUGCACAACAACUCCAAACAUGGACGUCGCUCUCGUAGAAUGGAUCCAAAUGAGACAGUGGAGACUAGCAUGGAAUAUGCUAUUCCCUGUAUCAAAGCCAUCAGCCCUAGUGAAGGUUGGACUACAGGUGGGGCUAUGGUAAUUGUGAUUGGGGAAAACUUCUUUGAUGGUCUGCAGGUGGUUUUCGGGAGCAUGCUCGUGUGGAGUGAGUUAAUCACUCCUCAUGCUAUCCGAGUUCAAACUCCUCCUCGACACAUACCAGGGGUUGUAGAAGUUACGCUAUCUUACAAAUCUAAGCAGUUCUGUAAAGGAGCUCCAGGGCGUUUUAUUUAUACAGCACUGAAUGAGCCAACUAUUGACUACGGCUUCCAGAGACUUCAAAAGCUGAUCCCUCGACAUCCUGGUGACCCAGACAAAUUGGCAAAGGAAAUGUUACUUAAAAGAGCAGCAGAUGUUGUUGAAUCACUCUAUGGAAAUACAACCAGCAAUCAGGACAUGUUGCUAAAACGGGCAGCAGACAUAGCCGAGGCUCUGUACAGCAUGCCACGACCUCACAGUCAGCUGCAGGCCAUGCCAAGUUCCCCUGUCCAUGGAAGCGUUAUGGGCCUCAGCUCUUAUCCCACCCAGCUGGGUGUAAGUAUGGGAGAACCUGUGCAAACCAGCAGCCAAGGUUAUACUCGAAACCCAAGCAGUUUGUCACCUCGGGGCUACCCUUCAGCAUCGACCCCUCAGCAGUCAGGUUAUGGAUCCAAUGUAGGCAUGAGUGCGAGUUACGGAGCAGUGCCCAUGAGUAGUCUGGGUGUUUCAGGGUCACCUGGCUUUAACAGUUCCUCACCAAACAGCUCUCCUUAUGCUAUCAUGCCAUCUAGCCCCACUGUACCUGGCUCCAGUUCUUCAUCUUCCCUUUUGCCCUUCACAUCUUUCCCAACCUCAAACAAACAAAAAAGUGCCUUUGCUCCUGUCCUGAGACCACAGGGUUCGCCAUCACCUGUUUGCCAAACCUCAGGAGGCUCCAGCUUUAGAGCAAUGACAGGCCUUGUGGUUCCCCCAAUGUAGAGGAUGAGUCUUUUCCAGUCAUAAAAUCUACAGUUAGUUGCUAGAACUGGACUGACAUCAAUGUUGUCUCCUUCAAACCACACUGAGUGAAAACGAUACAGUUGUAUAAUCUUCUGAUGAAGACCCAUCAAGAGUAUUAGAGACCACAACGACAUCUUCAAAAGAUUUUGGGAACCUUCUUAAAACAUGUCAACUCUAUGCACACUGGUUGCUUCUGAUUGUAAGAAGGUUGCCAAAGGGAUGGUGUUACUAAAAGUUUCUUCCAGCCAAAAAAAAGCCAAAGGAGGAAUAUUAUUUUUUUUAUUUUU